CGGAGGCGAGCUUUCCUACUUUUUGUUGGGACUUGGGAGGAAAUUAUCCCGCAGGGGUAACGAGGUGGAAUAAAACAAGAAACAGAAGCAGGAAACGCGCCACAAAUCAUGGAGAUGUCCGAGAUUGCUGUUUAGUCGUCCGCAAUGCAAGCAGACGUGUUUUCGCCGUGAAUUCGUACGAGGAGGUUCUUGCGUGGUACUGUAACCCUCCCUCUCUCCCAUCAUGCUGAGUUUCCUGCGCAGGACGCUGGGGCGACGCUCCAUCCGGAAACAUGCUGAGAAAGCCCGGUUACGGGAGGCCCAGCGAGCCACCACUCACAUCCCUGCUGCUGGGGAUGCAAAGUCUAUCAUCACCUGCCGUGUGUCCUUACUGGACGGGACGGACGUCAGCGUUGAGCUGCCGAAAAAAGCCAAAGGUGAGGAGCUGUUUGACCAGAUCAUGUACCAUCUGGACAUCGUAGAGAAAGACUACUUCGGACUUCGCUUCAUGGACUCGGCACAAGUGCCGCAUUGGCUUGAUGUUACAAAAAGUAUCAAAAAGCAAGUGAAAAUCGGCCCACCAUACUGCCUUCACAUGAGAGUGAAGUUCUACUCUUCAGAACCGAACAACCUGCAUGAGGAGCUCACCAGAUACUUGUUUGUGUUACAGUUAAAGCAAGACAUCCUCAGUGGCAAGCUAGAAUGUCCAUUUGAGACAGCAGUGGAGCUGGCAGCCUUCUCAAUACAGGCUGAGCUGGGAGAUUGUGACCCGUUAGAACAUAGUCUGGACCUGGUGUCAGAGUUUCGCUUCAUCCCCAACCAAACGGAGGAUGUGGAGCUGGCUAUAUACAACACAUGGAAGGAGUGCAGGGGUCAGACACCAGCCCAGGCUGAAAUCAAUUACCUGAAUAAAGCCAAGUGGCUGGAAAUGUAUGGGGUGGACAUGCAUAUGGUCAAGGCAAGAGACGGUAAUGGGUACAGUCUGGGUUUGACACCCACUGGAGUUCUGGUAUUUGAAGGAGAAACCAAGAUUGGACUCUUCUUCUGGCCCAAAAUCACUCGCCUAGACUUCAAGAAGAGCAAACUGACGCUUGUGGUAGUGGAGGAUGAUGAACAGGGUAAAGAGCAGGAGCAUACCUUUGUCUUCAGGAUGGACCAUCCCAAGGCCUGUAAGCACCUCUGGAAGUGUGCUGUGGAGCACCAUGCUUUCUUUAGGCUGAGGGGACCGGUACAGAAGAACUCUGCCCGCUCCGGAUUCAUACGCAUGGGAUCACGCUUCAGAUACAGUGGAAAGACAGAGUAUCAGACAACCAAGGCCAAUAAAGCAAGACGAUCAGCCUCCUUUGAGAGAAGGCCCAGUCGACGUUACUCAAGGAGAACCAUGCAGAACAGAGGACCAUUCAAUCCACAGGAAGUUCUUUCCUCAGGCAAUGGAGUCAGCUCCAGCAAGGACAACAAGGUUUCUCCCAGUAGAGGUGCCUGGUCAGGUGUUCCUGUGGUCACCCCAGCAGCUGCUUCUGCCUGUGGACCGAUGGAAAUUGAGGCACUGCCCAGGAGUCCUGGAGGAGAAAAGAGGAGUGUGCCCAUGGUUGCUGACCUGAUGGAGACAUGCAUUGAUGAUGUUCUUAGGGCUCCUGUUGCUCCCACAACAACAUCUACAGAGGAGGCUGGACCAAGCAAUGCCUAUGCCACUGCCAGUGUCACAGCAGAAGAUCCAAUCAGCCUCACUGAAGCAGCCGCUCGUCUAAAGCAGCUGGAGUUGGAGAGCAGUCCACUUCUCGCUGCUCCGAGAAAUAACAUCAACGUCAAUAUGGCCAUGAACAAUCAGGAUGAUGUGGUGAAGCUCACAGAGAAGUGCGGUCUGAGCAGUACAGGCAGCAGUCCAGCUGUCACUCCACUGCGCACCCCAGAGGAUCUGAAGAGUAACAUCCUCAAGGCACAGGCUGAGGCUGCUGCCCUCAUGGGCUCUUUGGAGGAACAUGUCGCACUAGUUGGAGAUAAAAACUGUAACUUGCAGGAAGCUUCUGCCAGGUUGAAGGUGCGCACUGGGCGAAUGGGCAGUAACUCAUCUCUUUCCGUUAGCAGUCGCCCUGACAUCCAGGACUCCUGGGACCUGCUAAAGCCAGCUUCACUGGUCUCAUCAGCGGGGGCCAGUGCUGAGAAGUUAGCUGAAGAUUUAAAUCCAUCUGUGCACAAGAUGCCCUCUGAGUCUGCCAGCGAAGGCAUGGCACCAAAGGUUAAAGCAGAGGAAGUUGACCUGCAAAACACUGCUCCGCUAUCUGACAACCUGAUCGACUUCACUGAUCCAACUCCUGUGCUACCACCGGUGCAGCAGUCCAAACCUCUCAUCACACCUCGCUGGAUCAUUCCAACCACUGCACCUCCUGGCGUCUUUACUAACGGCCUGCUCGACCUUGAACCCCCUGCUAAGGUCACCCCUCUUCUCCCCGCAGAUGGGGGAGCUGCUCUCACCCCAGCCCUCCCCCACCUCGCUCACACACGUAACACCAUCUCCGCCAGCACUGUGGGUCAGCCGCCGGCCUCGGGGGAUGGAGCCAAACCCAGAGGUCUCCUGACCACUGAGCUCUGAUGAAGAAAUGAGGAGCAACGACCACAACAUUCAUAUCUCCCCGACUGCUUUCCCACCUCACCCCAUCACUCUCUCACGCAUCCACACACACACAAGCAAGCUGAGCCCGGUGCGCUGAACACUGUGAGUUAAGAGGAAAGCAGAAAGGAAGAGGCAGCUGACAAAUACUGCAAUUUCAAUUGCACCCUCACUGACACACAGACUGAACAAAGUGAAUUAAGUAGACAGAUCAGUGAUAGGAACAUGAGUACGUUUUUUUAUGACAGCAUGACAUCAGGCUUAGAUUCUUGUAAAACUUUUAAAAUAAACAUUUAGCAUUUUUUUUUACCAUUAGUGACCUGCCAUUUACUUAAUCCAUCCAGUCAACCAAACCUCAGUCUGUAACAACCAGCCCCAUCCUCUUGUAGAAGUAAUGAAAGUCUUGUUUGCUACAGAGGUCAAGUCGUGGGUUAAUACACAAAAACCCGCCAUCUCCUGACACUGUACAGUACAGUAAAGGGUAGGUUUUCUCUUUUAGUGCUGCUCUCCCAUCAUUAUUUUUUUUUUUUUUUGUUAUCACUGGCGAUGCAUACCACUGGAUCCCUGCUACUCUGAGCUUUUCUGUUCACUCACAUGUACAGAAAUCAGCUCACACUUAGAGCUGCUGAAGUACACUGGAUACAGGACUGAAAAGACAAGUCUAUAAAAAAGAAAGACGCGUAAAAUGUUGAUUGUAUGAGGUAAACAGCACCUGGACUCUUAGCAUGAUGAAAUGUGGAUGUGAUACUGCACUGUCCCUGUAGCUACAAACUUUUUUUUAAAACUCAGUCACUUCUACAUGUGAAACUCGUCUGCUGCAGCUACAGGAUAUGAAAACUUCACUGGAUUGUCUUUUUGCAACAGUGUACCUUGAAAGUGUUCUCUGCGAUGGAUGAUGAUAGAGGUGACAAUUUUUAUUAUUAUUUUCUUUUUUUUAAAACUUUUGUUUUUAUUAUCCUGCUGUUACAUUUUUUGUCUCUAUUUGCCCUUCGCAGUACUUUUUAAAUCUGCACAUUUUGGUACCAGCAUCCAGAGGGAUUGAACAUCACAAAUGAAAGUUCAACCUGUUUGCUCUGCUCUUUAGUAAACUCUUAUCAUGGCUUUUAAUGUUAAGUUACAACAUUUUGUCUCUAAUGUGAUCCUAUGAUUUGUUUUCACUCUAAACCACUGCUCUCAUAACUGGAUCUGGAUAUUUUUUUUUUUUUUUUUUUUUUUUUUUUUUUUAUCCACAUGGAUUUUAACUUCUAAAUUGGGAAUGCAACGUGAACACUGGUCAGUUACUGUUGAAAAAUCUGAUGAGAUCAAGUGAUCUCUGGAGAACAUGAUGGACAGUGUGUCCAAUUUUUGAAUUGUCCAGCAGGAUAAUCAAAUUCAUUUUAGACAGUAAUUUGAAUCUGUUAUAAACAAUGACUCCGAGUAUUAACAUGCUGUAGCUGUUACCCUGCCUUAUGUAAAUGAAUGUAUUCAAAAUAUCUCAUCUAUGAAUGCUGGAGAUGCCACAGUAUGAGUAUCUCACAGCUGUUCAUCUUAAAUCCACAUUUGCUGAUCCACUAAAUAACUGGAGGAAGACUUUUGUACAUGUGAAAUUGAGGCCUAAUUCUAUGUUUUCUGAGUAAUUAAUGAAGUAUAUCACACAGACUCUUCAAUGGUAGAGUUGUAGAUCUCAUGUAUUGUUCCUUUUUUUAAAAUUCCCAUUACCCCAUACAUCAUAAUCACAAAGUCUGGACCCUCAUUCAAGUUUUGUCUGUGUAGCUUUUUUUUUUUUUAGUAUGAGGUUUAUUUCAUUAUCUGUCUUGAACAAGGGAACCUGACUGUUUUACAAAGUCUUCUUAGCAGUGACAGUUAUUUAUGCUACUACUUUGUAAUUGUUCAAAUAUUACAUUUUGUCCAAAAGUGUUGUAGCGUACAGUUACAAUGUAUUGUCAGUAUAAUGGCAUCAGCUGGCUGUAGAUAUGAAGUAGAUUUAUAUAUAUAUUUUUGAAAAUUACGUUGGCAGUAUUGUUACUACAUACUAAGGGUAAUUUCAUUAUUGAGGUGUUUUCUAAUUACAAAAGAAGUAGGAAUUGUGUCACUUAUCAGGCUGGGGUAAAGCAAAACAGAUUGUGACAUCUCAAAUGCAUUUUUAUAUAAACUUUUAUUUUUUUUCCUGGAAUACCUUGAUCAUGAUUCAGUAAAGCUUUGCUGCAGUAGGAGCCAGUUGUUUUUCUACUCUCAGUUUUAUUGUUUGGCUAGUGUUGAAAUUAUUUGAGGUUAUCGGUGGUUACAUUUGGAUUCAUGCAAGACUAGAUAAUCUGAUUUUCUACUCUGCCGUGGACCAGAUGUGAUUUUUGUAUUGUUAAACCGGCUA